GUGCGUGGCGGUCACCCGCUAUAGUUUAUAAUCUAAGACCGUGGUUUCGCUGUACCACAGAACAAUAAUAAUAAUAAUAAUAUUAUCCGUUGUACAACAUUACAUUAUUGUUAUCACUAUAAAUUAAAAUUGAUAACAAUUCACGUGUUUUUGUUGCUCAAGAAAAAGACAAGUCCGUGCUUACUAUUGUAACUCUAUAGUGCUAUAAAUUUCAAUGCACGAUUUGAGAUAAUCAUAAUCGUGAUGACUUAUUGAUAUCUUUAAAAAUCUGAAAAAUUCAAGUGUUUAAUUUUUACUACAAAAAUAACAUUUUAUUAAAAAGUUAAUAAUUAUUAGUGUUGGUUGUUCUAUUCAUUAUGCCACAAGGGAAAUUCAAAAAUAAAUCACAAGUUUCUUUUUCAAAGAAAAAGAAGAACGAACCAAAUAAAAGUAGAAAAGCAUGUCCAAUGCCUUCAAAAAAACACAAAUAUGAAGAAGGUCAGCGGAUUAAACGUAUGAUAAGUAAAAAUGUAAACAAAAUGGCUGAAGAUGAUUUAAGAUCAUUGGCUAUGGAUAACAAGAAAGUGUUUCUUUCGAAAAAGAAGAAACAAGUUGCACAAACAGUUAAAGCUCCAGACCCUAAACCUAAACAAAUCAAAGUUACCCAAAAAUAAAUUUCAUAUAUUUUAAUAUUAUUAUACAAAAUAUAUAAAAAAAUUUGUAAAACACAUAAUUUAAUUUUCAUUGUACUAUUGAAUAAUAAAGUACAAUAUUUAAAAUUGAUAAAAAAUAA